CGCGUGGCGCGUGUGGAAGAAGAUGGUGAUGCAAAGCUGCCCGGAGUCUCAGGGCUCUGGCCUGCAGAGUAACGCUGAGCACACUAAGCUCUACCACUCCGACGUGAUCACGCUCUUGCCGGAGGUGAAGCACAAUCCGUUCCAAGAAGACAUCAUCCGCUGCUUCUCAAAGUGCGGCUCGGACGGCCGGCGCUACUUCGGCUUCGACCAGUUCCUGGACCUGCUCCACGUGAUGAGUCCUAGGGCGCCGCAGGAUGUCAAGGCUCACUACGCCUUCAAACUUUAUGACGCCGACGAGGACGGGAGGCUGAGCAUGGACGACCUGGACCUGGUGAUCCGCAAGCUCACGGGCUCUGCGGACGAGGUCGACACCGACAAGGAGGAGACCGCGCACCUCUCCAGCGCCGACCGUCGGGAGCUCCUCGAGAAG